AUGGACGCGUUGCGAGUGCGGUCUCUCUCUGGGGAGGGCGACGAGGAAACCUCCGGUAGCUUCGUCGACCUAUUUCGGGGCUGCGCGCCGUACAUUCGGGCUCACCUCGGGGCAAUAAUGGUGAUCCACAUGGGUGGUGAGGUGGUCGAGGAUCCCAACUUUACGAGCAUCAUGGACGACUUGGGGCUGCUGAGGCUGCUGGGGGCGAGGCUCGUCAUCGUCACAGGGGCACGACCGCAGAUGUCCACGCUGCUGCAGCAAGCUGGCAUCAAGGAGGAGUUCAGAGAUGACCUACGGGUCACAAGCAAGGAGGCCUUGAAGGUUAUCAAAGCCGCCGCCGGCUUUGUCCGCAUCGAGGUGGAGAGCGCUCUCAGCCGGGGGGCGCGAGGAGGCGCCGCGGGUGACUUUCACGUGGCGGGGGGUAACUUCUUCUCGGCACAGCCAGUGGGGGUAAGGGAUGGGGUGGAUUAUGGAUGCACCGGGGAGGUGCGCAAGGUGGAAGCUGACAGGAUCAGGGCCCAGCUGAACGAAGGGGGGGUGGUUCACUUGACGUGCAUAGGCUACAGCGGGAGUGGGGAGGUGUUCAACGUCAACAGCGUCGACCUUGCUGCCAAGUGCGCGGCCUCAGUCGGCGCGAGCAAGCUCAUCUACAUCGCCGAUGGCUACCUCGAAGACGCGACGACAGGCGAGAUCAUCAACAGCAUGCGCCUGAGCGAGGCGAGGUCGUUGCUCUCCCGCUACGAGAAAAAAAAGAGCAAUAAUGGGGAAGCUGUUGCUGCCGGCAGCGGAGCCGGCGCUAUGGCCGCCGUCGAUGUUGAAAAGGACUCGCCGCCGGCGGAAGUGGAGAUGGCCGGCGGGGUUGCUGCAGAUAAAGAGGCGGCGGUGGGGGGGGGCAGUGCUGGUGAUGUGCACGGAGUGGAGCAGCGGUUGAUGAGACUCACGGAGAAGGCCGUUAUGGCGCUGACCCAGGGCGUGUCGAGAGCGCACGUUGUUCCCCCCACAUCGGGUGCGCUUCUGCAGGAGCUGUACACCAGGGACGGCGCCGGCCUCCUUAUCUCGAGGGAUAUGAUUCUGGUGCCGAGGACGCCAGAGCAGCUAGAGGCCGACAUCAACGAAUUCUUCGUCAUCACCAGGGAUGAAACUGUCCUUGGAGUGGCGUUUUUCAAGCGGUACGGGCAGGAUCACGCCGAGGUUGGCUGUCUCGCCAUUCACCGUGACUACCGAAAGCGGGGAUGGGGCGAGGCGAUGCUGAGCUACCUGGAGCGCGUGGCCCUAGCCUCCUCCGUGAAGCACCUGUUCGUUCUGUCAACGGUGACGAUGCAGUGGUUCGUGGAGCGAGGCUUUCGCGAAUCGCAAGUGUCGGACCUUCCCCCGGAACGCCGAGAGUCAUACAACUGGGAACGGAUGAGCAAGAUCUACCACAAGACGCUCGGCGGGGGGGUGCGUGCGGUAGACGCGGAAGAGCUGCUGUGGGAUGUGCGCGGCAUGAUCUAGCCUGACCCUCCUGACCAGUGCGCGACAGAUUAUGUCCCCGGCAUUUUUUUUUCGUCCUGGCUGGUGAGAGACUUGUUCGCGGCGGAAUCAAGCGCUACAUAUUCUGUGACCUCGUCAGGCAACGCUGGAAAAAGAGUGCAUCGUCGUUGCCGUACAUUUUGAUGGCACGUUUCGUUCAAGUGGUACCUGCCACAAGAGUGUCGACUUUCGACCACAAGGCGAAGGAGAACGUAACGAGAAAAGGGACCAAAUGCAGUGAAAGGCACAUCUCUGUUUUGUGUUGUUGUUGCAUCGAAGGCGCGAUGAGCCAGCGCGAGAUGGGCAGGCUUUUCUCUUGUUCGUCCCGUUGUUGGUCUUGGCAGUGUCUUUUCAAGUCUUGGGCCGAUCGUUUCAGGAAGCUUAGCUGUGGUGCCAGAUGCGGUCGCCUUCUGGAUGCUGCUUGUCUCCACGUUUGAGGGAGAGAUUUAGAAAACCCGAUGCAGCGGCCACGGUUGGUUGAGUCCUGGUCGGUUGUUAGCAAGCUUGGUACAAUAGGGAUAGGUUUGAUGGUGUUAAUAUUAGUCGCCGGCGCCUCUAGUGUGAGAAACAAACUAUUUUUCGAAGCAAAUAAGCACAUGUUGUCCUAGUUGAUCCUGGGUGCUUUUCAGAACGGAAAGGGAUUAUCACAUGUUUGAUUUUGUUGUUAGUGGUUGUUGCGGAAAAAAACUGUUGUGCGGGAUUUGAA